GAAAGGGGAUCGUUCAUGUUGGCCGAUCAAGACGGAUUGCGUGUCUCUGGAUGGCUCAGAGUCGCAGCACUGAGUAUCGUAAGACCCGAGACGCACUAAAAAGGAUCAUUGCUAACAUCAGUGACGAUGACCACGGCGCCACCGCAACAGGAGUGCAGACAGAACUCGACAUGGAGACCGAAGCUAUGGAGACCCGCCCUCAGUGUCUUCAAUACGAUUCUCCGCCUGACGAACUGUGGUAUCCAGCACUGUCUGAUGCCCAUGCAGAAGAUGAGCGUGAUGAUGACGAAAUCUUCUCUGACGGCGAAGACGAAAUCUCCUCUGACGGCGAAGACGAAAUCUUCUCUGACGGCGAAGACGGAAGCUUCUCUGACGGUGGUGAAGAUGCCAAGGGCGACACGAACGCUUGCAGCGCUCUGGCAGACUGGGCUGUGCGUUACGGAAUUUCUCAUGCCGCGUUAUUAGCUCUACUCGCCAUUCUAAAUCUACUUGGAUUAGCAGUGCCCCUGGAUCCCCGAACUCUUCUCCGGACACCAGCGUCGUCUUCGAGACAAUUGGUAAAAAUGGGGUCAGGGGAGUAUUUUUACUUCGGCAUCGCACGUAGUGUUCUAAACGUUUUCAAGAAUGCCUCGCCUAGGCCAGCUGAAGUGCGUCUGAAGGUAAAUGUCGACGGACUGCCACUGUUUAAAAGCACGUCCACGGUGCUGUGGCCGAUACUGGGAAUGGUUUCAAAUGCUGGUCAGCACGUUUUUACCAUCGCAGUGUAUUGCGGCAAGGACAAACCGCCCCUCACGGAGUUUUUGAAGGACUUUAGCAAGGAAUGUCGUACACUUUUAGAAACAGGAAUUGCAUAUGCUGGCCAGACAGUUCCGUUCAAAAUUGCAUGCUUCAUUUGUGAUGCUCCUGCUCGCGCCUUUUUGAAAGGCAUUAAAGGACAUAGUGGAUACAAUGCAUGUGAGCGUUGUACACAAACUGGGAUCUACGAUACUGGUAGAAUGACAUUUCCGGAAUGCGACGCUCCUCAGAGAACCCACGACUCUUUUAUUGCCAUGAGUGAUGCUGAUCAUCACCGGCUCCAGUCUCCUUUGAUAGCUUUAGUCCCAAACAUGGUUAGAGAUUUCACAUUGGAUUAUAUGCACAUGUGCUGUCUAGGGGUGACAAAACUGAUGAUUCGCCUCUGGAUGUCAGGACCUUUGACAGUUCGUUUGCCGGCCUCAGUUGCAGAGAGGAUUUCGGGUCGGUUGUCUGCGCUCGGUUCUAGCUUUCCUAAGGAAUUUGCUAGAAAGCCCAGAAGCCUCUACGACUAUAGAAUGUGGAAGGCGACGGAGUUUAGAACAUUCAUGUUGUAUACAGGACCUGUUGUUUUGAAGGGGCUAUUGUCGGAUGACAUGUACAACUUGUUUCUUUGUUUUUCAAGCGCAAUGACGGUUUUGUUAUGUCCUGACUUUGCAUAUCGCUAUUCGGCCUUUGCAAAAGGCCUGAUGUGCACAUUUGUGAAGAACUUUGCAAAGCUUUUCGGAAGCCAAUUCGUAGUGUACAAUGUGCAUAGUCUGAUACACUUGAGCGAAGACGCCGAGAUUCACGGUGCAUUAGACAAUGUCUCGUGUUUCCCAUUUGAGAAUUACCUACACUCACUUAAAAGAAUGGUUAGAAGACCAAAUGACCCUUUACCGCAGUUGAUCAAUCGGCUUGGUGAACUGGCACGAACAGGUCAUGGCCGUACGCAUGAUUCGGGAACAGCUAUUUCACUUGGAAAGAGGCACAUGGACGGGCCGGUACCUCAGGGCAUAGAAGGGCGUUUUACGCAACACCGUCAAUGCCAGGUCAGGUAUUUUGUCUCUUCUAAGGAUGGAGACAACUGUUUUUUAUUGGGGGGCUCAACCGUCAUACUUGUCUGCAAUGUUAUCAAGACAGCUACCGGUGUGUUUGUCGCAGCCCUAAAAUUUGCAGAAUUGAGACCUUAUUACACUUACCCAUUUAGUUCUGAUAAAAUCGGCAUCAUGGUGGCAACCAAACUUACAAAGAAGCCGGAGCUCGUUCCAAUUGCGGAUUUGAGCCGUGGGAGGAAGUGUGUGAGAUCCAGCCAAGCUGAUGGAAGCGAUGUCAUUAUCCCCAUUUUGCACGAAUGAUUAUUGUUUCGGCGUUGUAUGCUGUGUGUAGUUAUCUUGGUAUGUGCCUUGUGGCAUGCUGUAUGCUAUGCUGUGUGGCCUAUUUCGAAGAACAGUAUUUGAAAUAAAAGAAUUUGCAUCGG